AUUAACAGAUAAAUGCAUGACCCACUUUGUCCACACUCCGUUGUGUGCGCCCUUUUAACAUCGCUCCCUCACUGACAUGUGUUUUUUGUUGGGUUUUCUCUAGAGAUCAGAGAAGUCCCUGUUCUGGACCACUUGAACCACCGGGGGCGCUGUUGCACGCUCUGCGCACCGCUGCGUCCCUGGAUACCGGCGACGCGCUCCGCCUGUCGCUCCUGCAGGAGGAGAACCGGUGCGGGCGAGAGGGGGAACUCCAGCCGGUCUGUCCUCACCACAGGCCCGCAUGACGACUACGACGACGAUGGUGUUGAUGAAGCGGAAAGGAGUCGAGCAGGGCGGACAAACGGUGCGCCAUGAAUGACAGGUACCACAAGGCGGCCCGGGACGGGUACCUGGACCUGCUGAAGGAGGCGACGCGGAAGGAUCUCAACGCGCCGGAUGAGGAUGGCAUGACACCGACGCUGUGGGCUGCCUUUCACGGCAACCUGGAGGCCCUGCGGCUCAUCGUGGCGAGGGGGGGAGACCCCGACAAGUGUGACAUGUGGGGGAACACGCCGCUCCACCUGGCAGCCGCCAACGGUCACCACAACUGCCUUUUCUUCCUGGUGUGUUUCGGUGCCAACAUCUGGUGCCUGGACAACGACUACCACACGCCGUUGGACAUGGCCGCCACGAAGAAUCACAUGGAUUGCGUCCGCUACCUGGAUUCCAUCGCUGCCAAACAGACGGGCCUCAACCCCAAGCUAGUCGGCAAGCUGAAGGAUCGGGCAUUUCGUGAGGCCGAGCGGCGGAUCAAAGAGUGCAUGAAGAUGCAGAAGAAACACCAGAAACGCAUGGAGCGAAAGUUCCACCGGGAGACCUCUGAGGCGUCGGCAUCGGACGUCAUGAGUUUUUCCAGUUACAACAGCAGCUCUGUUAGCCACAAGCUGUACAACUUCAAUGCUGCUACCGUCAGUGUGCCAUAUUCACAGGCUACUCUUCAUGCCACAAAUCGAGGGAAGACAAAGAUCCAGAAGAAGCUGGAUAAGAGGAAACAAGGAGACGGCACCUUUAAAAUCUAUGAGGACGGACGAAAGAGUGUGCGCUCCCUCUCUGGACUUCAGCUGGGCAACGAUGUCAUGUUUGUCAAACAGGGGACGUACGCGAACACGAAGGACCGCGGCCGCCGCAACGUCCGUGACAUGUUCCCCAGGGACAAUGAUGAUGCCAUUUCACGUGCCAUGAGCGAGCCGGACCUCCACAGGCCCGAUGUGGACUAUUCUGAGAUCAGCACCGACUCGGGACAUGAUUCCCUGUUCAACCGGCCCGGUCUGGGCACCAUGGUCUUCAGGAGGAACUAUGUGAGUGGUGGGCUGUUUGACCUUGGUGGUCGGGAUGAGGCCAGUGCGGACCAGUCGGGCAGCAACGUGCGAUUACGCAGUCGGCUGCAGCCAUACCCGAGUCUAGACGAAGACAGCAUCGGCAGCGCCCGCAGUCUACAGGAGAGGAACGUUGAGGAGCUGCCCUGGGAUGAAGUGGAGUUAGGGCUGGACGACGAUGACGAGCCCGAGACGAGUCCUCUGGAAGUCUUCCUGGCUGCACAGAGCAUGGGCGAGUUUAACUCCAUCUUCAAGAGGGAGAAGAUUGAUCUCGAAGCCCUGCUGCUGUGCUCUGACCGCGACCUCAAGAGUAUCCACAUCCCCUUAGGCCCGAGGAAAAAGAUCCUAGAUGCCUGUAAGAGACGGCUGGAGUCCAUAGAGGAGCCGGACGGCAUCGAGGAUACAACGCUGUGACGUCUGACAUUUUCAUUUGCACAGUGUGGUAAGGAACAACAACAUAUUGUUUUUCUAGUUGUCUCUGUGCUCCAGCACACUGGAUUUAAUAUGAAACUAGAUACGUGAGGGAGUGCCAACAUUCAAUCCACCUCAGACGAAGAGUAUGUGACCUUUGGACCUUUCUAUAGAAGAAGAAUCUCGAUGUUUAGAGGCGAGCAGCUGCCACUUGCUCUUGCAAACCGACAUUUCUUGAUGCACCACCUCAUGCCUGGGCUAUCUGCAUUGUAUUCUACACAUGCCUUUAAUCGGGGGGGAAAUAUUAGAUUGGGUUUGGACACACAAAAAAAACAUAAUGCCUGUUGCGUUCGGGGUCAGACUCGGCCCAUUUUUUUCUCGGGCUUGGUUGGCUUCAAGCAGAAGAGUCACACUCUAGGCUUCACUACAGUGAGCUGACUUCUUGCUUAUUUGGGGACCUUUGUUCUGUUUUUUAUUAUGUGAUUAAUUGGGAUUUAGGUAAAUUAGCUAAACCUUUCCGGAGAAGAACAUCCAGACAGCCUCCAGAUAGGACAGCAUGUAAGAAGAAAGACUCUUCUCUGUAUGGGUGUGAAUAUUCUCAAUCACUCUUUUAAGUUAAUAUAUCAGGAUCAUUACCUUGCAGGGAUAUGUUUUAAAUUCAUUUUUCCUGGAUUUGAGACAAUAAAUAAAAAAUAUAAAACUGUCCAAAUAUUAAUGGACCGCUUUGGACAUGUUGCUUCUUGCUGUUAAGCCACUGAGAAAAUGUGUUGUGUAAAGAAACCCUCUUCAGUUACAAACAUGGAUUCACCAGCUGUGUGCUUAUCCAGCCUUAAAGGUCAGUGGACCAUUGUGGAGUGAAUGUCACGGGGAGGACUUAAUGAUUUACCUCCCGUUUUAACCCAGUGGUAACAAAGCAGAAAGGAUACUGUCAAGAUGAAUACGUCAAAGCAAGAAGACACGAGCAAGAUAAAUUGUUAACGGGAUUCGUUGUACAGCGUCGGCCUCGGCCUCAGGAUCACAAAGAAUAUCUCUGUAAGUCGAUUGGUUGGAGGCCUCUGUGCUGCGUGGUUUAACAAACUGAAAGACGGUCAUGGAGUGUAGUGCCGUGCCGUGUCGUUGUAUGCCAUGCGGCAUCGUCAACAAAGAGUUGAUUGUGGGGUCUGUGUCCCCUGGAUGCGUUUGCCCCUAUGGGGUAAAUCCUACCACCUCAUGUGCCUGCAUUGCUUGUGCCUGUGCCUUUGCUUAAAAGUGUAUUUUUGUCAUAACAAAAACAACAUUCGACAUUUGACUUCAUUGAAACUUUAUUAAUAACCUUCACGAUAACUUUUUGAAAAGCAUUUUCAUUUUCACAUGCUGUUUCCUUGCCGAUGCAUUUUUGUUUCUGCAGGCCAACUGUUUAUUGAAAUUACACUUGUGAUUUUCUAAAAGCCUGUAAAAACACCAUAUUGAGAUUAUUUUAUAAUAGAAAUUAUUAUUUAUAAUGAUUUAUUUGCAUGUUCACUUCAUACAAUGUAGGAGGAUUAUAAACCUUUGUAUGUCACUCAUAUCUGUCUUGACCAUUUAUCUUCCAUCUGUUUUCUUAGUUCGUCGUAAUAAUUUACAACUGCUCUUGCAUAUAUAUAUAUAUAUAGAGAGAGAGAUUUUUGUUUAAAUGUUAUUUAGUUUUAGAAACAGAUAGAUUUCAUUCAGUAAUUAACUUGACUGAUCAUCCGUAUAAUUUUCUUUCUGUACUGCACGUAUGUCUGAUAUUUCAUCAGUAAAGAAGCUCAAAUUCAAUAGUAACAUGCAUUAAGAAAGGCCAUAAACACUAUAGACAAGGUCACUGGAGUUGUAUCCUUGGUAUUUAAGGAUGAGGAUAAGUUUACAUAUGAAAAGUAUACUCAUAUAACCCAUUAUUUAUGUUACAGUUCGAAUUUGGAUGAUCCUUAAACAUUAUAUGUUUGUUGAACCAUUGCCUAACAAACAAUACAUUGUUUUAAAUACAAAAAAAAGAUACACCUUUAUGUCAUGUUAUUACAGGUCACUGAACAUUUGUGUGUGUGUGAGUUUGUGUGUGAGAAAGACACAAAGAGCGGAAAGAUACUUGUUUUGGUAUCUACAUGCCAAAGUGAUAAUCCUGCCCUUCGCAUACUAAAAACACAGCGUCAUUGCUGCACUGCACGAAGUCAGGAAGUUGUACAGUAGAUAAGCGGUUUUGUCUGUAUGCUCCCGAACAUUGUUAUCAAAAGAAAACACUAUUAAACUCCCCAAUGAAAGAUAAAAAAUUUAAGACCAUAACCAUAAAUAAUGCAGAUAUCCUUAUAUUCAGUCAGA